CAGAUACAGAAAACAUCCUGGGGAUAGUUCAGGCUGAAAAUAUCGAAGUCUCUGCAGAGGUCUAUGAUGUUUCUCUGAGCAUUGACAUGCCUGAAGGUCCAGAUGGAAGCUUGGAAUUUGGAACCCCUAAUGUCCUGGAUAAGGUGAAGAGAGCCCUGCAUCUAAAGAAAAAAGGGGUAAACAACACUAAUUACAGUGUCCCCUCCAUCCACCUGAGCGGCUGCAAGUACGAGAGUGUGCGGCGGGCGGCAUGGCGCUGCGGGCUGAAAGAAGUGGAAGAAGACGAUGAGUGGACGGUGCUCUGGACAGACAGCACGGUCACUUUGGACUCCUUCAGGAAGAUGAAGCGCUUCCAGAAAAUCAACCACUUCCCAGGCAUGAUGGAGCUGGGCCGCAAGGACCUGCUGGCUCGUAACCUGAACCGCAUGCUCCGGCUCUUCCCCGAGGAGUACAACUUCUUUCCCCGCACGUGGUGCCUGCCAGCCGACUAUGGAGAGUUCCGUGCCUAUAGAUCCAUGAGGAAGACAAGAACAUUCAUCUGCAAGCCUGGCAACAGCUGCCAGGGCAGAGGGAUCUUCAUAACCCACCACCUGGAGGAGAUCAAGCACAGGGAACACAUGAUCUGUCAGCAGUACAUCUCUGAGCCCUUUCUCAUCGAUGGCUUCAAGUUUGACAUGCGCAUCUACGUGCUGGUCACGUCCUGUGACCCACUGAGGAUUUUUGUCCACAAGGAGGGCCUGGUCCGGUUUGCCACAAUGAAGUACAUUGCUCGCAGCACGAGAAACCUGGGUGACAUCUGCAUGCACCUGACAAAUUAUGCAAUCAACAGGCACAAUGCGAACUUUGUCAGAGACGACGCAGUGGGCAGCAAGAGGAAGCUGUCCACCCUGAAUGCCUGGAUGGCAGAGCACAGCUAUGACACAUCAAAGCUCUGGGCCGAUAUUGAUGACAUUGUUAUAAAGACACUGAUUUCGGCUCACUCUGUGCUGAAACACCAUUACCAGAGAUACUUCUCCAACCACACUACUGGCUGUGCCUGCUUUGAAAUCCUGGGCUUUGACAUUUUGUUAGAUAGAAGGCUGAAGCCAUGGCUGCUGGAGGUGAACCGCUCUCCCAGCUUGGGCACGGAUUCUCAGGUAGACCGUGAGGUGAAGGAUGCCCUUCUGUGUGACACCUUCAACCUGAUCAAUGUGCACGCCUGCGACAAAAAGAGGGUGCUGGAGGAAGACAAGCGGCAGGUGGAGGAGCGGCUCCUUCAGCCCAACCAGACUCUCCAUGAGUCCAGGCGCAGGAAGCAGAUCAGGCAGGCUGCCUGGCUGGCACAGGCUGAAACUUAUGAGAACGAGCACCUGGGAGGCUUCCGACGCAUCUACCCAGCGCCUGGGACAGAGAAGUACGAGCCGUUCUUCCAGCAGAGCAGGUCCCUCUUCCAGGGAACAGCAGCGUCCAAGGCACGCGAGGAGCAUGUCAGGCAUCAGCUGGAGGAGAUGCGCCUGGAAAAAGAAAAGCUGGAAGCUGCCACCAGGAAGAAGAAAAGGAUCCACAAUAAAAGCACAGCUCCUACAACCCACCUCACCCACAAAGGCACCGAGGCAUGGGAUAGAAAGGUGAAGUGCAUGCGGUACAACUCCAUGCAGCCCCAGAACAUAGUGGAACAUGAAGAGAAGAGGAGAGGGAAUGCCCUGUUGCAGCGUGAGAAGCUGAUCCAAAAACUGGGCAUCACCGAGCAGCUUUCCCGGCUGCUCCCCACAGCUGACACGCAGCGAUCCUGUGCCCUCCCGAGCCAGCUGCGGUUUCCCUGGGAUGUCACUGGGGACGACAACACCCGCGAUUUUAUGAUGCUCUUCUCAUUCCUGGGACUCCCAGCUCAGCCCUUGGGACACAGCAUCAUACGGAGCCGAAGAGCCCAGGCCCUGCGGCGGCUCAUUCCAGGCCCAGACCGCACCAUGCAGCCCCUCUGCGUUCGAGGCCAGAGCGUCCCGUACCACGUGUGGCACGAGGGCCCCCAGGAGCUGGGCAGGGGCUGGCUGCAGGGCCAGGCAGCGGGGACAGCGGUCACCCAGCCCUGUGCCCACACUAAGGGGCUGCAGCUGAGAGACCAGCAGCGCCCUGGCAACAGCACCCAGGCUGAAGGCUGUGCUGCUGGUAGUUUGUCAUCCUCUGAUGAAGGCAGCUGUCCCCCAGCCUCCCCAGCCAGCCCAGAGCAGGCCACAGGUGACGGCAUCUUAAUCCGUGAAGUGGUGCAGGAACUUCCCAUCACCACUGCUGUGCACGGGCAGAGACGCCUCACACCGUGUGUAUCUGUUUCGAAGACGGGUAUCUGCUAGGGAGGGACGGGGCCUCUCUAGGAAUGGGGGAAUUCCAAUCCCCUCCCCCCAAGUUAUUAUAAUUUAGAAAAUUAAAGGAGCUUUUUCAGACACAGGUAUGGGGAAAGGAAUAAGAGUUGUUUACUAGUAAAUAGAACAAGACAAACAAACAACAGAUACGACAGCAAUAAUAGUAACAGAACCAAGAACCUCAAGGGGCUUUGUUUCACAAGCCUGGGGCUGUCUGAUCUCCUGCCCGCCCCUGAAGAGCACCAAGCUGGAACAGUGGAACACUCCGGGGCUGAUGGCUGGAACGGCGGGUUGUCCCCAGCAGGCAGGGGGGAAUGUCCCAGCAAAGUGAGCAGUGCUGAAGAAGCUGCGACAGCUGGACGGGGCUGGCCCAGUUCCAGCAGGGCAGGUGAAAGGGGCUCUGGAUUCCUGGGCACCUCAGCAGAUGAUGGAUAGUGGUAGAAUUCUCAGGAUCGGACUUUCUGUCGACAGUGGACUCCUCCCGCAGCAAGCAACAGCCUGACCGUCCUGCCCCGAAAAUGCCAAGAGCCAGAAAAGCACACUCAGCUCCCGAAGCACUGUCCUUUUCCCUCCUUAAAGCACUGUCCUUUUCCCUCCUCAAAGCUUAAGUGAUCUUCCCCCACGCUCGGCCACUUCUUUUGUGUGGGUCAAGCCCCCUCUAAGCAUCAGUAUUUAGUCUCUUAGCAACUUAUGGAGGGGAAAAGUUCUAUCGGGAAAAAAAAAAACCCCAAAACCAAACCUAACUCCCAACACCAUGGAAGAGCCUUGCCAUGCCAGUAUGUCAUGCCACGCCAGCACCUUGCCCCAUGCCAGUGCCUCACACAUUCACAGCAUGAAAAGCUCAGGUAACAUAGCCGAGAGCUCAGCCUUCCUCCCUUGUGUGCUUGCAUGAGAACCACGACUUGCUGAAUAGGCUGACUGCUUCCAUCAACUCUGGGGUCAGCUGCUGAGACCCUGGCCAGAGUCUGGGCCCAUCUUGGCUCCGGCUACCCGCCCUGGCUAGCUCCACCUCUGCCAGGAUCAGAGAGCGGUGCUUGUGCCCCUGCCCGUGCCUUGCCCGCUGCACUGGUGUCUGUGACCCACAACCGCCCGCAGUGAAGCCCUCCAGACGCCACCUCACUCUGGACCUGUCGGAACCUCACUUUCCCCGCCGGGGCCGCUCCCCCCGGCUGGUCCCACCUGUUGCUGGGCCUGUUCCCGGCCAUGGCGCUGCUGCUCCAGCGUGGCCUGCGGGCGGCCCCGCUCCUCGUCUGGGCCCCGCAGCAGGCGGC